UCUUAUAAUUAACAAUUCCCUGGAUCAUGGAACCCAAAUACCCUAUAUAAGACGGGCUGAAGAAUUAGGUUAUGAUAUUUUGGUGACCAAUACAAAUGAUAAUUAUCGCAUUGUUGAUGGCAAACGUAAACCCAUACAGGGUUUGAGUUCGGCAACCUCACAUGCUGCGCAUGUGUGGGAAAAAUAUGUUAUGGCAUGCGAACCGGAGGCAGUGGCCAUUGUGGCUCAUAGUGCUGGUGGUGGAGUUACCUUGGAUUUGGCUCGUCGUUAUCCUGAUUUUUUCCAAAAUAAAGUUUUCGCCAUUGCUCUAACGGAUUCCGCCCACUUUGGUAUAAGUGGUGAUAUACGCAAGAUAAUUGCCGGCAAAACAUGCAACUGGGUAUCGAGCAGUGAACCAUUGGAUACGGAAAUUAAAACAUCCAAAGAUGAUAUUAAAAUGGUUUCAGCAGGUCACACCAAACACGAAUGGACUUCGUAUUCCGCAUUUGAAUCGGUUUUCAAUUUCCUAGAAGAUAAAUAUGCGGAAUUUAGUGGUGAACAAAAAAGCAAGAAACAAAAGUUGGAGGAAUAA